AUGGCACGUAUGAUUCGUGAUGGUUCUGGUAUAGUCUGCUUAACCAUUACCGAUGAUUUAGCAGAUCACCUUGAACUCCCACCGAUGGUUCAGGACAAUUCAAGUCAAUUUAAAACGGCUUUUACCAUCACCAUUGAAGCAGCACAAGGUGCGUUUCUGCAAAAGACCGUACCACUACUAUUCAUGCUGCAAUUAAAACAGGUGCUGUCGCAAGCGAUCUGA